AUCCAAUCGGUUAAUUAAAUUUUAGGGCUGAUCAGUCUGUCUAGGCGUUUUUGUGCGAGCGAGUCAUUCUCUUCGUCUCAGGCGACCAGAACCCUGACCCUGAAGUUUCCGGCGACUGUGACUCCGACUCCGGAAACUCAGCAGACCAAGAUUCGAAGCGGUGGUUUCACCAUGGCUGCCGUGGGUGAAAGCUCUUCGACUCGGAAUGAGGCAGGAGAGAAGCCUGUGAUUGUUAGGGUUAAGCGUAAAGUAGGGCAGUCUCCACUCGAUGCUUUCUGGUUGGAGAUAAAUGAAAGACCACUCAAACGGCCGUUUCUGGACUUAUCAAAGCUUUCUAUUUCAAAUUCAAAAGAGAAAGAGGAUGUGAAGCCUAAGAAGGUGCUAGUGCGGCAUUUGGAGACAGUCACGGACUCUGAAACCACGACUGACAUUAUCCAUUCUUUCUUUGAGUCUGAUCUUAAUGAGAACAGUUGCAGUAAAGGAAAGUCUGAGGAGCGGAAAUUUGCUUUCAAGAAAGACAAUAGAAAGGAACAGCGUCUGACAAAAGCUGUACAACAACAACAGACCGCUGCACAGAAUGCUCGGUUUAAGCAAAUAUGGCGGAGUAGGAAGGGAAACGAGGAAGGCAUCCAUGAUAAAGAACUUCAUGAGAAAUGUAAAUUCUAUGACGUUAUCCGUGUUGAUGCUGAAGAAAGACCAGACAAUGCAACAGAGUUAACAUCCUUGGAGGACCAGAAGAUGCUGGCUAGUUUCUUGCCUCUCCUUAGAGAGUGUAUUCCAACAGCAGCUGAAGAGAUUGAAGCUGACAUACGUUCUACUCAUACCGAAGAAUACGUUUAUGAUUACUAUGCUGUGAACGAUGAGAUGGAUAUCAGUGAAGACAGCUCUACGCACCAGUUUCCUCUUGUCAUAGUCGAGGAGGAAGAAGAGUUCUGCGAUGGAUUUGAUGAAUCAGACUACGACUCUGAUGAUUCGAAUGCUGAAGCUCAUCCAAGGAACGAUUAUCCAGAAGAGUCCUCUGAAGAGGAGGAUGAAGAAGAUGAAGAAGAAGAAGAAGAGGAUGAUGAUGAUGAUGAGGAAGAGAAGAGUGAAGCCUCUGAUGAAUCAAAAGACGAGGAGGCUGCAGAAAGACAUGUGAGAAUGGUCCUUGGAGACGACGAGUUUGAUGGUUAUGCAGAGGAUGUGAAUGGUUAUAGAGACAUCGAUGAAGAGUUUGAGUACACUACAUGAGCUUUGUGUAUACCAAACGAAGAUGAUCUUAAAAGACUGUAGUGUUAAGGCUGUGAAUCAAAAUUGUUCCUCCACUGUUUAAACCAAAACUAACCAAAAAGUUGGUAGAUGUGAUGACGAUUUCUUAUCAGAAUUACUAUAAGAGAUAAAAGCGUGUUUAGGAAAAUUUUGGUUGAUCAAAAAAAAAAAACACAACUUAGCGUUGAACAUAAGCAGCCUUACUUGGUCAUAGUCUUCUUCUUCUUCUUCUACCUUUCGCUUCUGACUGUUAAGAAUUAGACUAUAUGUUAAUGGCGGAUUCAGAAACUCCCUAUCACCCGGACGCCGAGGAUCUCCGGCGAAUACCAGUCGACCUCUUUGUCUCCAAAAAGCUUCCCGGUCUUUCCUCUGGCGAUCUCGGCUUUGCCGAUUCCUCCGACAAUCUCGUCUUCAUCCUCCGAAAAUCUUCUUCUUCCUUGAAACUCGUCCUUGAUUCCUCCGGGGUUCCACUUUUCUCCAUCUCCCGUCUCCACAAUGGAAUGUGGGAAUUACAUAAAGGAGGUGUGGAGAAGCGUAAGGAGCUGGUUCUUACGGUGAAGCGGACAACGAACAGAUUCAGAAAAACAGAGUUAGAGGUCUCAUUUGCAGGCAACAAUAUUGCUGGAGAAUCGUUGCAACAUCUUGUCAUCAAAGGUUGUCCCUUUCAGAAAUCAUGUACCAUCUACAGUCAAGAUUCCAUUGUUGCACAGACGAGUUUGAUGUACAAGCUGAGGCAAAUUUAUGUAGGGAGAAGCAAGUUCCGACUAACGAUUUUUCCAGGAUCCAUUGAUCAUUCUCUAGUUGUCGCAAUGGUCGCUGUGUUUCUUCAAGGAAGAAACUGAAGAAAUCCUCAAUUUCUUCUCACUGUAAAGAAAAUUAUGACAAAAAAAUUGUUUUCGUACAUUGCAUCCUCAACGCCUUUUGAUUCAAUCGGCUCUCACAUGAUGAAUUGUAGAUAUGAUGAUGAGUUUUAUCAUCUGAUUAUAAUUUUGGUGGAAUAUUUUGUGUUUCUCCCUUGAGUUCAGAAAAAC